AUGGAUGAUUCACAUCAUCCUUUAUUAACCUCGACGACUUCCACAUCGUCGUCUUCAUCUUCGAAUCACGAUCACGAUCACCAUGGACAUGAACAUAACCAUGAACAUGAACAUUCACAUAAUUUAGAAAAUAAUACUAUUAUUCAUAAUAAUAAUAAUAAUAAUUCACCAUCAUCAUCAACUUCAUCAUGUUGUCAAUCUUUAAUUGGUGGAGAAGAUUCAAAUGAUGAUAGUUGUUGUAGUACUUCAUCAUCGGAUGAUCAACGACAUGAGAGUACUUUGUGCAAGUCCGAUGAGCCAAUGAAUGACCAAUGUAAUCCAAAGUCGUCUGCCGCUGGUUCCUGUUGCUCUCCAAGCGAGGAUGCCACCGCUACCAAGAAGUCAUGUUGCUCAAAGGAAAAGAAAUCCGCUGACGGUCAAGAGUCAAAGCCCUCUGGUUGUUGCUCUACCGAUGUCAAACCUGUUCCAAUUGAGGUAGCUCUCCACUCCCACAAGGACGAAGCACCCACUUGCAAGAAAGGUUGUUGCUCCACCGAGUCUGCUUCCAAGUCCGAUGAGGUACCUGCCACAAACCAGGCCUGCAAGAAAGGUUGUUGUUCAUCCUCUGAAUCGUCGCCAACCACACCUGCCACCACUGUCCAAACAGAGGAGGAGCAGCAGCCAAAGAAGGAUAACUGCAAGAAAGGUUGUUGUUCUUCAAAGAAAGCAGAGACUGUAGCUGUUGAGCCAGCUGUAGUUGCCGUUGUUGUUGAGGAGCCAAAGAAGGACAACUGUAAGAAAGGUUGUUGUUCUUCAAAGAAGGCCGAGAGUGUUGUUGUUGAGCAACCGGUUGUAGUUGCUGCUGUUGUUGAGGAGCCAAAGAAGGACAACUGUAAGAAAGGUUGUUGUUCCUCAAAGAAGGCUGAGACUGUUGCUGUUGAACCAGUUGUAGUUGCUGCUGUUGUUGAGGAGCCAAAGAAAGACAACUGUAAGAAAGGUUGUUGUUCUUCAAAGAAGGCCGAGAGUGUUGUUGUUGAGCAACCAGCUGUAGUCGCUGCUGUUGUUGAGGAGCCAAAGAAAGACAACUGUAAGAAAGGUUGUUGUUCUUCAAAGAAGACUGAGACUGUUGAACCAGUUGUAGUUGCUGCUGUUGUUGAGGAGCCAAAGAAAGAUAAUUGUCAAAAAGGAUGUUGUUCAUCAAAGAAGACCGAGACUGUUGCUGCUCCUGAAGCCACCCAAACCGUUCCAAAGAAGGAAGAUUGCAAGAAAGGUUGUUGUCCACCCAAGAAUAAUGCUGACCCUAUGGCCAUUCCAACCGUUGUUAUUACUACUACCUCCACUGUCGAGAAGCCAGGAGAAGAUUGUAAAAAGGGUUGUUGUCCACCAAAGAAGGAACAAGCUGCAACUUGUUCUGAGCCACACGACCACUCCAGCCACAAGAAGCCACAUUCCCACGCAAAGAAAGUCGUACCAGCCAAAACAGUCCAAAAGAAAUGCUGUGAUAUCUGUUUAGAGUCGCCAAGUAACUGUUGUAAGAAGGGCUGUUGUGAGACCAAGUGCUGCUUGACCAUUGAAGUCGGUUACGGUGGUAAAGACAGUCUCAUCCCGACCAAGACCAAGAAGACCCUCUCUGCUUCCGUCGUCUACCGUAAGUGUGGUAAUUUCUUUGGUCUUCGUUUCGGCUACAAACAAGAGGAGCCAGAAGAAGAGAUGAUCGACUUGGAAGUAGGUGGUGAGAGAAAGCAAGUAACUCUCAGCUUGGAGCCAAGUGGAUUGACUUGUUGUUCCGAGUGCCUCAACAAUGUCGAUACCAAAAUCAAGACAUUACCAGGUAUCUUUGAAAUCUCAACCAAUCUCUAUACUUUGAAAUCAACCAUUGAUUACAAUGAUGGAUUAGUAUCUGUUGAUGAAAUGAUUGAAGUUAUCAAAUCAAUUGGUGUAAAUGCAACUGAAGUUCCACCUGCUGAUAUCGAUCAAUUGCGUAUCAAUACCGAGGGUAAGGCACCAAGUAUUGAUUUGAUGAAUCAAUUGAAAGAGACCGACGGUGUUAUUGAUGUUGUCAAUGAAACCAGUGGAGCUCGUUAUCUAUCGAUCAGCUAUGACAGUGAAACGGUCGGACCACGUGAUCUCUAUGACAAAGUCCAACAGUCAUACCAAGCCGACAACGAAUCUCCAGUUGAGAUCUCAUUGGUGGAUGACAACACCAUGAACAACGCCAAGCAAAACUCUAUCAAUUCGAUUAAUUCGCUCCGUAGACUAUUGAUUAUCAGUAUCAUCCUCUGUAUUCCAGUCGUUGUGCUGAGCUUCUUUAUUCCAAAUGGUAAUCGUGUUGAUAACGAGGUGUUCACCGGUCUUUCCAUCCGUCAUUUCAUCAGUUGGGUUCUCACUACACCCAUCCAGUUCUACAUUGGUUUGCCAAUGUAUCAAUCUGCCUACAAAUCGAUACGAUUCUACAAGAGAGCCAACAUGGAUCUAUUGGUAAUGUUGUCCACCUCGAUUGCCUACUUUUAUUCGAUUCUCUCGAUUAUCCUCAAUGCCGUAAUGAAGGAAGACUUCCCUGUAUUUUUCGAGACCAGUGCCAUUCUCUUGACUCUUAUCAUUCUCGGUAGAUUCCUAGAGACACUGGCACGUGGACAAGCAUCCAAUACAUUGACCAAGCUGAUCUCACUCCAACCGUCGACCGCAAUUCUUGCCAAAGAUGAAAGAGUGGUUGAUGUACGUCUUGUACAAAAGGGUGACAUUGUUCGUAUUCUCCCAUUCUCACGUGUACCUCUCGAUGGUGCGAUAUGUGAGAACUACGAGGCAUUCCUUGACCAAUCGGCUAUCACUGGUGAGUCUGUCAAUGUCCACAAACAACAAGGUGAUCUUGUAUUCUCUGGAUCCAUCAAUCAGUCCACUGCAUUCCAAAUGAAAGUAUCGACUCAGUCCUCUCGUUCAACCAUUGCCAACAUCUGUCGUCUCGUUGAACAAUGCCAGUCAAACAAAGCACCAGUCGCAAUGCAAGCCGAUCGUGUUGCCAGUAUUUUCGUUCCAAUCAUUAUCGUCAUUGCAUGCGUUGUAUUUGCUGCUUGGAUGAUCUCCUCCCGUGACUUUACAUUCAGUUUGCUCUUCUCCAUGUCCGUAAUGGUCAUUGCCUGUCCUUGUGCUGUUGCUCUUUCCACACCCACUGCUGUCAUGGUUGGAAGUGGUGUCGGUGCACGUAAUGGUAUCAUCUUCAAAGGUGGAGAAGUCAUGCAAAAAUGCCAUAAUAUCGAUACCGUUGUAUUCGACAAGACUGGAACUCUUACCAAUGGUAAACUCAAUGUCACAAAUCACAUUACCUUCAAUGGAGCGUCGGAGCAACAGCUGUUCUACUACCUCGGUUCUGCAGAGAUGGGCAGUGAACACAUCAUUGGAAAGACUCUGGUCGAAGUUGCCAAAACUCGCUUCGAGUGUCAACUUACCGAUCCAAUGGAUGUAAAGAUCGUUCCAGGAAGAGGUCUCCGUUGUACAGUUGAUGGUCUCAAUGUACUCGUUGGAAACAAGAAAUUCAUCCACGAAGACGAACUUGUCGAACUCGACGAGAAUAUUCUCCGUGAAAUCAGAACAUUGGAAUCCGAAGGUAAAACAGUUACUAUUGUUGCACUGAGCGGUUCUAUCAUUGGUGUAAUCGGUAUGAUGGAUACUCUCCGUGACGAAUCAGUAAAGAUUGUAAAGAAGCUCAAGAGUAUGGGUAUGGAUAUCUGGAUCAUGAGUGGUGACAACACUGCAGCAGUAAGCAAGAUCGCCCAGGAACUCGGUGUCACUGGAUUCUUUGGUGAAGCAACACCCGCUUCCAAGGCAGAGUCUAUCAAGGAGCUCCAAACCAAGCAUCGUAGAAAGGUUGCUAUGAUUGGUGACGGUGUCAACGAUGCCGUUGCUCUUGUCCAAGCAGACGUUGGAAUUGCCGUAUCGAACGGAACCGAUGUUGCACUCGAAGCCGCCAGCAUCGUCUUGAUGAGACCCGACCUCGAAGGUAUCGUCAAUGCAAUCACUCUCUCAAGACUCGUAUUCCUCGUCAUCAAAAUCAAUCUCAGUUGGUCGUUCUUGUACAACUUUAUUGGUAUUCCACUUGCUGCAGGUGCUCUCUACCCAGUUGGAUUUACCAUUCCACCAGCAUUUGCAGGACUUUCAGAGUUACUCUCUUCACUACCAGUGGUUGUUAUCUAUCAGGUGUAUAGUUGUAAUAGAAGAAAGGAUAUAUGUAAGGAAGAAUUAAUUUAA